AUGCUAGAGGGAGCUGAGAAGGCAGGUCUAGAGGCUAGCUGGGGAGAGUUCUGGGAAGGCAGGUGUGAAAAAGCAAGCUUGGCAGAUGAGGCGAAGGCGCUGGAGGGUCAGGCCGGACCCCUGGGGAAAAAGGCCAUGAGAGGGCAGUUUGGCCAAGAAGCAGCAGCAGACCUUGGAAUGGCUGCAGGAGCUGGCACUUACCCCGAGAACCAGGAGCAGAUGGUGGACUCGACUCAUAACCCCACAUGGGCAGAUAGCCACCAGCUGCUCAUGACCCUCUUUAACACGGACGAGAGACGCCAUGUGAUUCAGGCUGCCUCUAAGUGGUUAGAAGAGAACACCCCAGACAGGUUCCAAAAUCCUCAGGAAUAUGCCCGGGUCCAACUUCCAGGAGAGGACCCCUCAUUAAAAGAAGAGGAAGAACCAAUAGAUACUUCCAGUGUAACUCACACAGAACACUACAAGACACUGAUAGAGGCAGACCUCCCACAGAAGGUGGCAGAAAGACUUGAUGAAAUAUUUCAGACAGAAUUGGUAGCUUAUGUUGAUCUUGAGGAUGCCUGAAUUCUUGAUGAAAGAGCAAUUGAUGCUUUCAGGGAAUUUAAUGAAGGAGGAGCUCUGUCUGUACUACAACAGUUCAAAGAAAGUGACUUAUCAUAUGUUCAGAACAAGAGUGCAUUUUUAUGUGGAGUUAUGAAGACCUAUAGGCAAAGAGAGAAACAGGAGAGCAAGGUGCAAGAGUCCACAAAAGCACCUGAUAAUCCAAAGAUCAAGGCCUUUCUUGAGAAGACUGGUUAUACUCUGGAUAUAACCACAGGACAGAGGAAGUAUGGUAGUCCUCAACCAGACAGUGUAUACUCUGGCAUACAACCCAGAAUUGGAACAGAAGUGUUUAUAGGUAAAAUGCCAAGAGAUUUAUAUGAAGAUGAGUUGGUGCCCCUUUUUCAGAAGGCCGGUCCCAUUUGGGAUCUUCAUCUUUUGAUGGAUCCACUGUCUGGUCAGAACAGAGAAUAUACAUUCAUCACCUUCUGUGGAAAGGAAGCUGCACAGAAAGCUGUUAAACUGUGUGACAGCCAUGAAAUUCCCCCUGGUAAACGCCUUGGAGUAAGCGUUUCUGUAGCAAACGACAGACUUUUUAUUGGAUCCAUUCCAAAGAAUAAGACUAAAGAAAAUAUUUUGGAAGAAUUCAGUAAAGUCACAGGUAUAACAGAGGGUUUGAAGGACAUUAUUCUCUAUCAUCAACCCCAUGAUAAAAAGAAUCUGGAGUUCUGCUUCCUUGAAUAUGAGGAUCAGAAGUCAGCAGCAGCACAAGCCAGACACUAGCUGAUGAGUGGAAAAGUAGAGGUGUGGGGAAAUGUAGUUACAGUUGAAUGGGCUGAUCCCAUGGAAGAACCAGAUACAGAAGUAAUGGCUAAGGUGAAAGUCUUAUUUGUGAGAAACUUGGCUACUACAGUGACUGAAGAAAUACUAGAAAAGCCAUUUUCUGAAUUUGGAAAACUUGAAAGAAUAAAGAAGUUGAAAGAUUGUGCAUUUGUUUAUUUCGAAGACAGAGGAGCAGCUGUUAAGGCUAUGGAUGAAAUGAAUGGCAAAGAAAUAGGAGGAGAAGAAAUAGUGUUACCCAAGCCACUAGACAAGAAAAGGAAAUAAUGACAAGCUGCUAGACAGGCCUCCAGAAGCACUGCAUAUGAAGAUUAUUACUACCACCCUCCUCCUUGAAUGCCACCUCCAAUUAGAGGUCAGGGUCGUGGUGGGGGCAGAGGUGGAUAUGGCUACUCUCCAGAUUAUUACGACUAUGAAGAUCACUAUGAUGAUUACUAUGGUUAUGAUUAUCACGACUAUUGUAGAGGCUAUGAAGAUCCCUACUAUGGCUAUGAUGAUGGCUAUGCAGUAAGAGGAGGAAGGGGAGG